CGGUCGUUUGCUUAGCUGGCUGUGGGUGCGUCCCGGCCGCUGCAGCCCGGAGCCCUGUGCCAGCCGCCGCCGCCGCCGCCAUGGUGUCCCCGGUCACGGUGGUGAAGAGUGAGGGACCCAAACUGGUACCCUUCUUCAAGGCCACCUGCGUGUAUUUUGUGCUGUGGCUGCCCUCAUCCAGCCCGUCCUGGGUCAGCGCCCUCAUAAAAUGCCUGCCCAUCUUCUGCCUCUGGCUCUUCCUUCUGGCCCAUGGCUUUGGAUUCCUGCUGGCUCAUCCAAGUGCCACCCGAAUCUUUGUAGGACUUGUCUUCUCUGCUGUAGGUGAUGCCUUCCUCAUCUGGCAGGACCAAGGCUACUUUGUGCACGGUCUGCUGAUGUUUGCUGUGACCCACAUGUUCUAUGCCUCAGCCUUUGGCAUGCGACCACUGGCUCUCCGGACAGGUCUGGUGAUGGGAGUGCUGUCAGGCCUGUGCUAUGCCCUCCUUUACCCAGGGCUCUCAGGUGCCUUCACCUAUCUGGUGGGGGUCUAUGUGGCCCUUAUCAGCUUCAUGGGUUGGCGAGCUAUUGCAGGGCUGCAGCUAGUCGGGGCAGCUUGGCGCUGGACUGAGCUAGCAGCUGGCGGUGGUGCACUGCUGUUUAUCAUCUCAGACAUGACCAUCGCUCUCAACAAGUUCUGCUUUCCGGUGCCCUACUCUCGGGCACUCAUCAUGUCCACCUACUAUGCUGCUCAGAUGCUCAUCGCCCUUUCAGCUGUGGAGAGCCGAGAGCCAGUGGAAGACUACAGACUGAGAAAGGCCAAUUGAGGACCCAGGGUCUGCUCACCUCUUUCCUGGGGCUGGGGUCCAGACCCUGGGAACCUGAAGGAGCUAGAUCAGGGUGGUUCAGUGAUCAGUCCCAGUCUGGGACAGCAGGUACCUCUGGGGGAAUUGACAAGUUUGAGGGGGAAAGCAGACGGAUCACCCUGGCAAAGCCAAUGGUUCAGGACAAUGCUGAGAGCCCAAGAGGCAGCCUCAUGCUCCUUGUUGGAGUAGACAUUGUCCCACCUGUACUCCAUCAGGACUGUCAAAGCCCCACUGGAGGGUGAUGGUGCUCAGUUCUUGACCCUUCCAUUUAUCUGCUAGGUUGAAGAGUCACUCCAUCUCUAUGCCUAGGACCACUGGCCAUGCUGGGCUAUUCUACUCUAACCCAUUCUGUUCUACACAAAGUUGAGGGAAAGAGGGAACAAAUCUGCUGAGAUGAUGCAGAGGUGGGGCUUAAAGCCCUUUUCCAAUUAGGAAUUGGGAAGACUGGAAGAGGGUGGAGGCUCCCUUUUCUUGUUACUUGAACAAUCUCAAUUCUUAAGUGGGAAGGUAAAGGAGUAUCUAUCUAGGCUAGGCAAUAGGAGUAACUUCCUUAGUCUGGGAGGUUGCAGGUACCAAGGAUUAAAGUUGGCCCGGUCUCCCUCACUGGUUGGCCCGGAGUUCAGGCCCCAUACAACCACCUUUAGAUCCUAUCCUCAGGGUUAGGUGAACCAUGCCAAAGGAAGGGGCCAGAAUGAUGAUGAUGAUGAUGUGUGUGAGUGUGUAAGUGUAUGUGUGUGUGAGCAUGUGUGGAGGUGAGUGAUAUGUGAUCUUGCCUAAUUAGUCUAUGUCUUUCUCUGUCAUAUGUCUUUGUCCUGCUGUCUAUAAAAGAAUCAAGAGAAAGAGGGUCUCAGGGAGUUGCUGAGGGGUGUUGAGCCUGGCUCAGAGAGCUAGGACCCCUCCCCACAAUGCACCAACAAUGUUUUCCUCCCUGUAUCAUAUGUACUGGGAGCAAGAGGGGGUUCCAGUGACACUCUGGAGUCUUAAGCCCCAAGGCACAUGCAGUGCAAGGGGAGCAAGGAUGGACAACUCCAUCCUCGACUUCCCAUGUGAAAAAGAAAUAAAAUAAAA